CGCCAUCACAUGAUGAGACAGAUAAUCUAUUCUACGUCCUUCUCCUUUUGGUUCUCUCUUCCUCGCGAGAUACGCAAUGCGUCGCGGGGAUGUCGUUGAGAAUGUCGUUCUUCAACUCAAUUGCGAUCAAGAGUCAGUCCCGGUUCUGGCGCGUCGCUGGGCUGUGUGCUGUCUUGAAGCUACUACAAACGCUGAGUACCGCAGUAUCUGUCGUUCCUCGUCUACGCUUGUUUGAGGCGACUAUCUGUCGGGCAUACUACCAGACACAUGAUCCCGGUGCAAUCGGCAUAGACAACAAUGUACCGGAAGAGCUUUGCAAGAUAGAUGCGGUUCAGACUGAUCUAGCCCAAUUGACAGGGUGGAAUUCAUUCUUCUUCUACAUUCCGAUGCUACUUCUCGCGAUUCCGUACAGCGCUCUAAGUGAGCGAGUUAGUCGGAAAACUGUCUUGCUCGUGAAUGUUUCGAGUGGUAUCCUUUCGCAACUUUACGUGUUGAUGAUAUGCUACUUUUACAAUACAUUCGAUGUACGGCUGAUAUGGCUAGCGAGCUUGUUUGACUGUGUUGGAGGGGGACGAUUAGUGUUCAAUACGAUGACACAGGUCUUGAUUGCUGAAGUCACGGCACCGUCCUCCUUGAGCACGGUUUACUUCCGUCUCACAUCUAUAAUGUCUGUUUCGCGUGUCAUGGGGGUCACAAGUGGUUCCUAUCUUCUCAGCUAUGGUGUCUGGUUACCAAUCUGGCUGGGAUUGGCCGUUUAUGGUCUCUGUGUCCCUGUUCUUCUGCUACUAUCAGACCACCGCAAUCAUAUAUCGGCCAAGACAAAUCCCUCUGAUACGGAGAAUCACUUGCUUCAGCCUGGCCACCACUCUACCGACCCUGAUUCAGCUGAAAAGAAGAGCGAGAGUGAUCAUAAAACCCAAAAUAUCAAGUCUAGCGAAGACAAUCAAUCGCCGACUCAAUCCACGUCUCUUCUGCGAUCCUUUUCAGCUUAUUUAACCUUUAUGUCUGAUCACUUUCUCAUUCUUGCAAUAUUUUUUAUCCAUGAAUCAGGCAUGGGCGUUCGCAAUAUCACCGAACAAUGGAUGAGCCAACGUUUUACCUGGCCCCUGCGAAUGACCGGGUAUAUUCUCGCAUCCGAGACAUUUUUGGGCAGUCUAUUCCUAGCCAUCUUACCCACAAUAUCACACCAUCUCCUCAGGGGAAGCAAAAAUACUCGUGGAGCACGCCAAGUGCAGAAAGCCCAGCUCUACAUCAUCCGCGGAAGCCUGUUUGCCGCUGCGAGCGGCACCGCACUGAUUGCAGCCUCGGGUAGCAGUCGCCUCACCUUUCUGAUGGCGUUGGGUGUCUUUGCGCUAGCAGUGGGGUUUCAUGACGCCCUGAAGUCGUACGUGACCGGUCUAGUUGACGUGAAAGCAAUAACCCGCAUGUACAUGUGCAUCUCGAUUGUUGAGACGUGCGCAAAUAUUGUCAAUGGGCCUGUGUGGGCCGAGAUAUACACGAUCGGCAUGAGUUACGGCGGGAGGGGUAUGCCGCUCCCGUUCCUCGUGUGUUGUUUGUUGUUUCUAGGUUCCUUGGGGCUCGUGUCGCGAUUGGUGUAGCGAAGAUGAUCGCAUCGCGAUUGACUCGGCUCGAGUAAGGUUGUCGUAAAGGAGGGAGGGGCUGCCAACUAGUUUAAGAAUCCACAUGAAUAGUCCGAAUUAAG